AGUUCAACCUCGUAAGGUAGACAACACAAUGCAUCACAGAAUUAUCUUCCCGACAAAGGACUCUUGCUAUAACUUACUUAUUCUGACGCCGAACGUCCCUCCUACUGGGACCAAGUCCCGCGUCGAGACUCAGGUCAGAGUUGCUCUCGAUCUCGCUCUGCCUAGUGGGCCCUCUGGGGAUCCUCAGAGUUACGACAGAGUAGGCAGUUGGAAAUGGCUGAAGUUACCGAAGGGGACCGCAACCCGUAAACGUUCGCGUAAGGAAGGAAAAAUUGAUGCGGCACCCUCAGACACAUUAUUCAUGGACACGGAAGUUACUUGUGCUUCUAAUCCCUCCAAGCAUGUUCUCAGUUGCUCAACGUGCCAGGGCCGCGAGGCGAAACGAGUGGCUCGAAAGAUAGCGGCGCGUGUCAGACCCGCAAGAUCUGAUUCCGAUUCGAACGAAGGAGAUAAUGGUUCCUCGUCAAAGAUUGUUCAAUUUAAUUGCCCCGAUACUCUGGACUUUUCAGGCGGUUCUGUAGUUCUCCCGCUUCGGAUCACUUGCUAUUGCCGACAUCAUCGCGAGAAAGUGGGAUUCAAUGUUCACUUCACGAUGAGGGACUCAAGUGGCCGUAUUGUCGGGUCAGGCAUGAGUCCCCCGAUCAUGAUCACCGACGAUCACAAAUCCAUUGACAAGAGUGCCUCCAAGCACCAACAUAUGCCAUCUUAUUCUGCAGACUCUGACUGGAACUCUCGGCCCUCCUUUGUUCCGACCCCGUGCGAGCCCGCUGCGGCGACCGGUAGCGCUCCCUCCAAGCGGCGUCAGUCGGCUACAAAAGACGGUGCGGCGCCAUCAAAAAGGCGCGCAAAACCGUACGACAACGACCGAGAAUCUGCAAAUCGUACUCGUCGAGGUGGUCCAACUGGAGACAAUAGUCAGCCCACUGUCAACACCACUGUUCCCAACUUCGCCGUAAUGGACCGCGAUGGGCAAAUGAUCACACCCUUCAGUCCGUUUGCGCCAUCCGGAUUGACGGAUGCCAUACCUCCAACAUCGUACCACCAGAGGCGAGAUAGUACUACAGCUCUUCCUUCUCCGUCGAAUUCGAUGCAUACUCCCCUGUCUCCGCAGACAAGCUACUCAGAGAGCGCGGACAGUAUCAUGCAUGAGGUGCUCUGUCAACCUUACAGUUUCUUCCCCCUUUCUCCACCAGAGACUGCGCCUUCAUCUCCGCCGUCGCAGGACGUUUCGUCGGCCGCCGCUGAACUCUCACCAUUCAACUAUACCAUGCUACAUCCGUCUCCCGAUCAAAUCCCUCCAUCUUUACCGGCGCCAAAGAUCCAUCGUUUGAUCCCCUCGUCUGGUCCGACGUUCGGUGGUAUCGAAGUGACUGUCCUUGGCUCAAAUUUCCAUCCGUCUGUGCUGCAUAACUGCGUCUUCGGAGAUGUAGUUGCGAGCUCGACCACGCGAUGGAGUGAGAACACUCUUGUUUGCGUCCUUCCACCUCGAGCAACUGCGGGUGUAGUUCCAGUCACACUGGAAGGCCUUAAGAUGGACACAAACGGUCCACCGGCUUUGUUUACUUACGUUGACGAUACAGAUAGAACGCUUAUGGAACUCGCUCUGCAGGUAGUCGGUCUCAAGAUGACUGGCAAAAUCGAGGAUGCGAAAGACAUUGCUAUGCGUAUCGUUGGCUCCUCACAGGACCCGCAUAACGGCAAUGGAACGACUAACCAAAUGAUGCAUCUCGCCAAUGGUGCGCUGCCUGACUCUCGCCGUCUCUUUUUGGCUCGCGGCGAUGACGCCGAGUUCGAAAAGAUUGUAAUGGACUCUCUAACAUCCUUGGAUAUGCGUGGCAGCUCAGGAGAACCCCUCUCACUAUCUUCCGUUGUUUCCCACCAGACAAAGACCGGACAGACGCUUCUGCACCUGGCAGCAUCAUUGAAUUUCUCUUCACUGGUCGAAUUCCUUAUUCAACGGGACAUUUUACUCGACACUCAGGACAUAAAUGGGUACACAGCACUGCACUUUGCUAUUCUUCGUGGCUCGCAAUGUUGUGCACGUCAAAUCAUCAAUGCCGGCGCUGAUACUACCAUCUGCACUAAUAUGGGCUAUACAGCGCUUGAACUUGCACCCGACGAUUUCUUCGGAGCUCCGCGGGAAUAUUAUGAGACUCCAAGCGAAAUUAGUGACGACGAGUCAAACUUUGGUGAUGUUGAGGAGGACUCCGGUAGCGAAAGCCGGUCUCGGUCCCGGAUGCAAUCAAGACGACGAGUUCGCCUUCCCCGUUCGCGUCGCUCAAGCAAACCCGCAUCUGUUGUUGCGUCGGAUGUUUCUGACGUGGAAGAACCUUUUGAUGCACAUGCGGCGGCCGAAGACGAUGAUAAUGCUACCGUUGUUUCCCCCGAAGCCCUACCCAUGUCCGAUACGGUGGGCAAGGACGCGACUAUUGACGAGAAGCAGGCAGCAUCAUUCGCAGCGUACCUGCAACGGGCUUGGGCGCAGUUCCAUCCUCCACCUCUGAGGGCACCGAUACCACAACUUCCGGGAAUGCCGGCAUGGGUCUUCCCGGUCUUCGUUCCGAUGCAAGCUUGGCCACCAUUCCGCAAUGGGAGACAUGACAGAGGGAAUGAUGAGAAGAAGCUUGCGGAAGAAGAUGACGCGCCUUCGUCUCCUCCGACGUGGGAGGAGUGGAUGGCCCAGAUGGGCGAGAUGGGUGCGGAAGGACUCGAAAAACCUCUUUCGUCUAAGGAAGCAAAUCUUGAUGCAGACGAAGUUGUUCCUGAGCCACCCGUUGCACCAGCGCCGACAGCAUCACGCUCAAUCCUUCGACGCUUCCGGUAUAAGCAGAGACCGGUACAAGUCUCCGAGCAAGAGAUUCAAUCAUACACGUAUCGGCCAAAGAAUAAGGCACUCACGAAAACUGUAAAGAAAGAAGACCGAAUGUUGUUUGUAUUCUGGAUUCCUAUUUUAUUAUUGGCAAUCGGCUGGGCCUUGUACGCGUCACGUUCAGCUAUCUCGAUGGCGCAGCAGUACAUUCCAUGGGAAGAUAUUGCUAGCCGUCUUAAGGUAGCGGCUUGAUGAGAUCCUCCCUAUCUAUGCUCUAUACUCUAUGUUCUAUUUCUGUUCCCCUUCUUUCACUUGUCCAUAGAUGUUUAUAUUCGGUGGUCCUGUUACUCUAAGAUACGCAGGGCGGAAAUGAUCGGACAUUCUGUUUGUAGAGAUGUAUAUGUAAAUCCGCGAAGUACAGAUUCAUCAUAUGUGAUUCUGUGGAGAUAAUAAACC